AUGGCUGAGAAGUAUGGCACGUAUGACACGCUAAUCAUCCGGAAAGGAAAUAAAAACCCACGAACGACUAUUCGGGCGAUUAAAGAAAGGUUGGAUCUGGACCUUUCCAAUCGCACCAUUCGACGACGCUUGGUGGAAUGGUAUCUGAAGAUCUACUUCGCCAAAAAGCGACCGAUGAUCAGUAGCACCAACAAAAAACAACUUCAGUUUGCGAGGGACUAUGCCAACAAGCCACUGGACUUCUGGAAGUGCGUUAUUCGGUGGGUCGAGUUCAAGUUCGAACUGUUUAACAAGAAAAGGCGACUCCGAGUGUGGCGGAAGAGCGACGUGGGCCUCUUGGCCCGAUAUUUACCACCGACUAUGAAGCACGGUGAUAGAUGUAUCAUGCUGUGA